AUGACUUGCAGUUCUGCUACGCAAUGAGGCUCUCCGCCACCACCUUCGUUGUGCAUGCACCGGAACUGGGAGCCCGCGCCCGCGGCCGAGGUCCUGAACUGCGCGCAAGCAAUGCUGCAGGCAAGGCAGCCCGGUUCGAACUCUGCGAUGCCUCGUGGACAGUGGACAGGGCUGGUAGCACACCCGAAUGCACGCUGGUCGCCAGGAGGGAGCCUGUGGAAGGAAAAGCACUGAUUGCAACAUAUGAAACUGUUCAGAAUCUCCAGCAGCGGUUUGACCUGGGAUUUGCCGGUGGAAUUGGUGGCCAGUGUGUGGCAGUCUACGACCUUGAGCUCGACGACUACUUAGGAAGAUGCAUGCAAGGCUUUUCACCCCAUCUCAGGGUCAUUGCUAUGGAAGGCACUGAACAGCCCAGUGCCAACGUUUAUUCAGAGAUUCCAUGAAGGAGACGUUCAUUAAUCAAUUUUGUCCAGCUGACUAGGGCCGUAGAUGCAGCUGCUGUCGAAUUUCAGAUAAUCAUACAUGCGCAAUUACUUUAUCGACAGUAUUUCUAUAAUAAUGUUGCAUUAAUGUCAUUUUUCAUAAUAAAAGAGUCUUGAAACAAUAAAUCCAAG